CUCCCAUUGACCCUCUGAAUGCCGUCCCGCUUGGUCACUGUGUGACUCUCGCACAGUCCCGUAUGCUGCAGCAAUCGUACACCGUAUACCCGUCUGCCUCCUGAUACCGUCUCUUCUUCGCAAGACUCCCGGGUUCACCUGCGGAGCACUCGGAGAAGAGAUGUUGAAUAAUGGGUCGGUCCCGGCGCCUCAAUUAAACGUCUCUACAUCAUCGAGAACAAAAACCACCUUCCACUUCCUUGCAGGUCUCUCCUCCGGCCUCACCUCUUCCAUACUCCUACAGCCUGCGGACCUCCUCAAAACCCGUGUCCAACAGUCUCAACAAACCGCAGCGCUCCUACCUACUCUGAAAGCCAUUCUUUCUUCCCCUCAUCCCAUCCGCGGCCUAUGGCGUGGAACAUUACCGUCAGCCAUCCGGACAGGUUUCGGAUCGGCACUAUAUUUUACGAGUCUCAAUGCCCUUCGUCAAGGCUUGGCGCGUGCUGAGACAACGAGUGCUAGCCGGUCAUCCGCGCUUCCGAAGCUCUCGAAUACAGCAAAUCUAGCCACCGGUGCCGUGGCCAGGGUUGCUGCGGGCUUCGUCAUGAUGCCUGUUACGGUUAUCAAGGUACGCUAUGAGUCGGAUUUUUAUGCAUAUCGCAGCCUCUAUGGCGCUACGCGUGAUAUUGUUAGCACAGAGGGCAUCCGUGGUCUUUUCUCCGGAUUCGGUGCAACUGCCGUGAGAGAUGCACCGUAUGCAGGACUCUAUGUCCUCUUCUACGAGCAAUUAAAGCACCAUGUCGCCCUCCUUGGAGGUUCGAUGUCUUCCACGUCAAUAAACUUUACUUCUGGUGCCUUGGGGGCUGGUUUUGCUACUGCCAUAACCAAUCCAUUUGAUGCCGUCAAGACUCGGUUGCAGCUCAUGCCUGGAAAAUACGGCAAUAUGCUGCGUGCCGUCAGAUUGAUGGUACAAGAAGAUGGAGUUCGAAGCCUCUUUGGUGGUUUGGGGCUUCGCAUGGCUAGAAAGGCUAUGAGCACCGCCCUGGCUUGGACGGUGUAUGAGGAACUUGUUCUGCGUGCUGAGAAACGCUGGGCGAGCAAAAGCCAAAUGGGUCUGUGA